AGUCGACCUAAUAGCAAUUUCAACAGUCUCCCACAGCAUUAAAAGCUUCAAAAUCAUAAAGCUAAAAUUUCCUUGGGUAACCCGAAUUUUCCUCACUGACGUGGGCAGUAGCGAAAAUACCACCUCGUGCCGAUGUGAAAAAAAAACGCUUAGCAAACAAUUUCAUGUAUCUGCGCCGUGUGUCCACAAAUUCAGUCAUUUUCAAACGUUCGUCGCGAGCGGAAGUGUAACUAAACGUGUAGUCAAUUUGGGGCCCGAAGAUUCAGCAGCAGAGGAAAACUGACGUGAAAUCAUACUUACGCGAAAACUCGUUCGUGCAAACGAAAAAAAUUUGCAAAAGCGAAGAAUUUCUAAGCAUUGACGAGCGAGCAACAGCUACCCGGCGUUGUAGCAAGGCAUUUAAAACAAUUCUGAAAUAUUACUAAAACCACUCGUAAAUCACAAAAACUACAUUUAAUUAUCAUGUUAUUUAUGUGUCAUCAAAUGGCGAUGAAGAAGGAAGCCAAUGACAAAUCGAAAGCUGCCGAACUUCGAAGAGCACAAAUUGGUGUUGGCGUACCAAUUGUUUGGAUUUUGGGUGGCCCCGGCUGCGGCAAAGGUACACAAUGCGCCAAAAUUGUAGAGAAAUACGGAUUUACACAUCUCAGCUCUGGCGAUUUGCUGCGUGCAGAGGUCGCCUCGGGUUCUGAUAAGGGCCGUGAGUUGUCCGCCAUAAUGAAGGAGGGUAAAUUGGUGCCUAAUGAAGCGGUAUUGAGUUUACUUGCGAAAGCUAUUUCUGAUCACAAAUCCGAUUCGAAAGGCUUUCUAAUUGAUGGCUAUCCACGUGAGAAGGAUCAGGGCGCUGCUUUUGAACAACAAAUUGCGCCAGCGGAUCUGAUUAUCUACUUCGAUUGUUCAGAUGAUGUUAUGGUCCAGCGCAUUUUGGGGCGUGCAGCUGCUUCGACAGAAAAGCGCGCCGAUGACAAUGAGGAAACCAUCAAAACUCGCCUCGCCACCUUUAGAACGAAUACCAGUGCAAUUUUGGAUCAAUAUACCGACAAGACGAUAACGCUCAAUGCCGAACGUACGGCCGAUGAAAUUUUCGUUGAUGUGCAACGUGCAUUGGAUUGUCUGAUUCAAAAGAAGGCUCAGGCGGUUGCAUGCGCCUAAUUUAUGAAUAUCUAUGCCAUGCCACAAAUUUAUAUCCAUAAAUAGAUAAUAAUAAAAUUUACGUGAUUGCACGUAAACCUGUUGUAGCACAAUUGAAACGCGCAUAUACCUAUGUACAUAUAAAUACAUACAUACAUACAUA